AUAAAAGCGAGACUUGCGGAGCUGAACGAUAGGCAACCACAGCCAUCCAACGAUCCCCCGCAGGCCACUCGUCGAACACCAUGUCUUCCACUGCUACCGCCGGCGACAUGUCCCCCAAGGACCUCAUGAACAAGGACGGGAACUAUGUCCUUCAGCAGGAUAACAUGUACGCCGUCCUCCAGUACGUCUGGGCGGGUGUCUUGCUGCCGACAAGCCCGAGCGCCUUUCAAGCGCGUCUCGGGAUCUCGUCGACCACUAUGCAGAAGUUGAACGCGGUUCUCGAAAGCCUGAUCUCUCAGUACAAGACAACCCAGCAACACUGCCAGCCAUUUAAGGACACCACCUACCCUAGCAUCGUCAGCAUCGCCGACGACGUCUACAACUACGCACAGAAUGCUGGCGGUACCUCGACGAGCUCCUACUAUGCGAACAUCUUCGCGGCUGUCCGCGCCCUCGGCAAGACCACCGACCCGGACCAGAUCGCCAGCCUGAAGCAGACGAUCACCGAACUCGUCAACAUUCAGGUCAAAAACAUCGGGGACAUUACGACGAAGGCUCAGGCAGUGGUCGACGACCUGACGGACUUCCAGAACCUGGCCAUGCAGGACUCCACGAACCUGCAGGCCCGCCACACGGCCGUGACCGACGCGCUGAACACCGAGAUCGGCAACCUCGCCCAGCUCAAGCAGAACCUCUCCGACGACCGCACACUGCUAAAGGCUGACCAGGCCGCGUACUUGAAAGACAAGAUCAUCGCGUGCACUACGCUCACCUACGCGUGGAUCCCGUUCGUCGGCAUCAUCGCCGCGAGCGUCGUUGCCGGCAUCUACGGCGCCGCCGCAGCGAAGCUGGCCAGCGACAUCGACAAGACGAAGACGGACAUCACGGACGACGAGGGCAAGAUCACGGAUGAGACGAAGCUGAUCGCCGAUAUCAACAGCAUCGACGCCGACCUGCGCAGCUUCAUCGCGGCGCUCGGUGCGGCCACCGCGGCCGUCCAGGGCAUGAUAGGCUCAUGGGGCGCCAUCUCGGGGGACCUGACCAACCUCCAGAAGAUGGUCGACCAGGACAUCCGCACGGCCGUCGGUGCCGUCGCCAACAUCGAGGACAACAAGCUCAUCGAGAAGUGGAAUGACCUUGCGACGGCGGUCGACAAGUACAGGCAGGCCGCCUACAUUAGCCCAAUCCAGCAGCAAUCCCUGGACGACCUUUCCAAGCAGGUUCACGCGCAGGCCGGCAAUUAAGGCUACGACUCGUCUCAAGACAACGCCCGACCUUGUUUCUAACCAUCCUUUGCAAGGUGACCUGCUCGUAGUUGUUGUAUCGCAUAUGUUAGAACCGCUUGACUGAGCCCCAUUGUACGACAAUGUCUGUUCCGGGAAAGAUGAUUGCAAGCCGAAUUAUGUGUAACAUGUACUUGUCGAAAGCCAAUGAUGGAAUCGCCUACCCGCAUUGUA